CAGACCUUGAGCUUCAUUAACGGCACCUCAGGUCACCGACCAGCAUCAAAGAUUUCUGCUGAUCCUGAUCACCGCUGCCCACCAUGAUCCUGUGCCUGCUCUUCCCCGUUCUUAUCCUCGGUAAUGUGGAGUCACAGACAGCCAAUGUGACGGGACAUGGAGAGCUGAACAGUGUUGAGGGGAAUCAAACAUUCACAGAGUCCAGCACAAACAACAGUACAAUGAUACCGGCCAACGUGACAUACAGUUUGUACAAAGAUGAGAUGAGUCUAAUUGAGGUUGAACUGCAAAACAACCAAACUUCUACCGUUAUCACAGAGGAUGAUGAGGAUUUUCAGGAGCAGGAAAAGAAGCAUCCAGGCAGACACUGCCAGGAGGACAUGCUGGUAUUCUACAGUUACAACUACUGUGGUGCAAUUUUUGACAUGGAAAUGUCGUCAAUCAGCAAAGACAACUGGUGUGUCUUGGAAAAUAUUCUCAGACCAUACAGCAACAUGACGUUCUGCUUGGAGAGUAUAUCUAACUCGUUUGGCUGUUAUUACCCGAACUCCAACAUUCAGGACUUCUUCCUUCACAUCCACUCGUCCUACUUCUUCAACUGCUCCAAAGAGGAGCUGCCUGUGCUCGUGGACGCCCCUCAGUGGCUGGUGAUCAUCCUCACUCUCAUUCCGGUCAGCCUCAUCCCUGUACUGGUUUAUCUGGUGGUUUUGAAAAGUAAUAUUCAAGAGUGAGUCAUGUCAGACCUGCGUCAUGUAAACCUCGUGUUACAGAGUGUGUUAUAUACGAGAAUAUGCUCCAGACAGUGCUGUAUAUAUUGUAUAACCAGUCUGGUAGGAAGUUAGAAGGUGAGUAAAUUAUGAAGUUGUGAAAUGAGGACAACGAUCAUAAAUUCAAAUGUGGGUGAAAUGAAUCUCCAGAAAUGUGAAGUUUUUUACUUUUAUACAUUUUUUAUACGUGUUUAACUAAAUAUGUAUUAAAGGUAUAGUUCAACA